AUGCUGAGGGCCAGGGCAGCCAUGCGGAUGGCAGGGUCCCGGCUGUCCCUGCGAGGGACGCGGACACUGAGCACCAGGGCAGCUGUGUCCCCCAAGAUGGUGCUGCCCUUUGAAGCCAUCCCGCAGUGCCCCGGCUCCAAGUGGCUGCAGAUGCUGCAGAUGUGGAAGAAGCAGGGCUAUGAGAACCUUCACCUGGAGAUGCACCGGAACUUCCAGGAGCUGGGGCCCAUUUUCAGAUACGACAUGGGGGGACGACAAGCAGUGUCUGUGAUGAUGCCAGAAGAUGUGGAGCGGCUGCAUCAGGUGGACACCCAGCAGCCCUGGCGGAUGCUUCCAGAACCCUGGGUGGCCUACAGACAGCACCGUGGGCAGAAAUGCGGCGUGUUCUUGCUGAAUGGACCCGAAUGGCGCUUCAACCGCCUGAGGCUGAACCCAAACGUGCUUUCACCAAAGGCCGUGCAGAGGUUUAUUCCCAUGGUGGACACAGUGGCCAGGGAGUUUGUGCAGGUCCUGCAGCAGAAGGUGCAGCAGAACGCCCGAGGCAGUCUGACACUGGACCUCCAGCCCAGCAUCUUGAACUACACCAUAGAAGCCAGCAACCUUGCCCUUUACGGGGAGCGUCUGGGCCUGCUUGGCCACACCGUGAGCUCCGAGAGCCUGAGCUUCCUCCGUGCCCUGGACACCAUGUUCAGAUCCACCAUGGAGCUCAUGUUCCUGCCCAGGAGCUUGUCCCGCUGGACCAGUACCCACGUGUGGAGGGAGCACUUUGAGGCCUGGGACCACAUUGCCCACCAUGCCAAGCAACGCAUGCAGAACAUCUCCAAGGAACUGAGAGUUGACCGCGAUGGACACUACAGGGGCAUUGUGGCUGAGCUGCUGCUGGAUGCAGAACUGUCACCUGAUGCCAUCAAGGCCAACUCCCUAGAACUCACUGCAGGCAGCGUGGACACGACUGCACUGUCCAUCCUGAUGACAAUCUUUGAGCUCGCCCGGAACCCCCCUGUGCAGCAGGCCCUGCGCCAGGAGAGCCUGGCAGCCACCGCCACCAUUGCUGCCAAUCCCCAGAGGGUCUUCUCAGACCUGCCCCUGCUGCGGGCAGCCCUCAAGGAGACCUUGAGGCUGUACCCGGUGGGUUUGACUGUGGAUCGAAAAGUGAGCUCAGACAUGGUGCUGCAGAACCACCACAUCCCCGCUGGGACACUUGUCCAGGUGUAUCUCUAUUCACUGGGUCGCAACCCUGCAGUGUUCCCGAGGCCUGAGCGCUAUUACCCCCAGCGCUGGCUGCACAGAGGCCCAGGUCGAACCUUCCAGCAUGUGGCCUUUGGUUUUGGGGUGCGCCAGUGCUUGGGGCGCCGCCUGGCAGAGGUGGAGAUGCUGUUGCUGAUGCACCACGUGCUGAAGUCCUUCCUGCUGGAGACACAGUCCCAAGAAGAUAUGACCAUGGUCUACCACUUUGUCAUGAAGCCCAGCAACUAUCCCCUGGUCACCUUGCGUCCUGUCAACUAG